CAACCAACCACUUUGUUAUCGAACUAUAUCAAUGCUCUCUUAUCUUUGGUGCCAUGCAAGAAUAAUAAUAAAUCUAUAAAUAUAGUCAUUUCUAAAACUAGUAGGUGAAGAGAAAAUCUAUCUUCACAAAUAAUUUGCAAUAUAAAUAUUAGAAAACAUCGCGUACAUCAGAUUCCAAAUUAUGUAGCUAAAUUAACACUUGUAUUAUGGAAAUCCUAUAACCGGAGAUACCACAAUACCCAGACCCGAAACAAUAUAGAAAAGUUCUUUUUCUACGUUGAUUCGACCGGGCAUCGAACCCGGGAUGACACACACCACAGAGGCGACACCCUGAAACCAAACUGCCAGCGACUCAGCUACAGAGGUCGUCAUUAGGUUCAUAGUCCGUUUGAAGUGAUUAUGCCAUAGAUUUUUACCAAAUUGCGGAGUUCUGUUAUCUUUGACAUCUAUACAGAUAUGUUGACAGUAAUAAAAGAAUUUUAAAGACCAGUGACAGAUGCAUAAAUCAUCUAAAACCAAACUAAAUUAUCAAGAAAAAUGAACGUUAAAUAACAUAUUUCAACAGAUAUUUUAUUAGAAACCCUUCUUAAAACCAAUUAUGGUGCCUACGAAAGUUAAAAUGAAAUGAGACGGCAGCCAAUAAAAGGACCACAUGACUGAAAGAGUAGACCUCUGCAUAUCGCCAUCAGAUAUUAUGGUAUUACAAGAGAAGGGUUUCAUAUUAGAGAAGAAUAUCGGCCAGGGAUCCUAUGCCAAGGUUUAUAAAGCGACCCAUAUGAUUGACGAGACCCGACAUUCAAUUUUGGCGUGCAAGAUAAUUGAUACGGCAUUAGCUCCCCGAGAUUACCUCACAAAGUUCCUGCCGCGUGAACUCGACGUGCUCAUACGCAUCAACCAUCCCCACGUUGUUCACGUCUCUAACAUAUUUCAACGGCGAGCCAAGUACUUUAUAUUCUUACGUUUCGCAGAAAACGGGGAUUUACUCGAUUUUAUAACACAAAAUGGACCAAUACCAGAAAACCAGUGCAGACUUUGGACAAGACAGAUAAUAUCGGGGAUUCAAUACAUUCAUACGUUGAAUAUAGCACACAGAGAUUUGAAAUGUGAAAAUAUAUUGAUUACAGCAAAUUACAAUGUCAAAAUAACCGACUUUGGUUUUGCACGUAACGUCCGCAAUAGGGAUCGUGAUGUACUAAGCGAGACAUACUGUGGCUCAUUGUCAUAUGCAGCGCCAGAGGUGCUUAAGGGGGUGCCUUAUCUUCCUAAACAGGCUGACAUGUGGUCCAUUGGAGUAAUCCUUUAUACGAUGUUGAAUAAAGCGUUACCGUUUAAUGAGACCUCUGUGAAAAAGUUGUAUGAGAAACAGGUAACGCGUAAAUGGCGAUUCCGCACUAAUGUGGUGAACCAGCUGUCUACUGAAUGUAAGCAGCAGGUGACGCUGCUGUUGGAGCCCGAAGCUAAAUCACGCCCAACUGCUGGCGCCAUCUUUAGCGGACCGUGGAUCGGCAUGGAUCCCAGGCUCACCAAAUUAACAUUUUUAGAAGAGUCGUUGUUGAAGCAAGCAGUUGAGGAGGUGCAAAAGAAUGAAAGAAAUUUCCAAGACGACAGUGAAACUGAAAGAAUUGCUGAACUGAGAAGAAAAGGUCGAGCUAAAGAAGGCCUCAAGGUACUCAAGAAUGUCGAAGCAAACUAUCCCAAGUCACAACUUUUAUUCGAAAACAAAGAAUGAAACAAUCAUGUCAGUUCAGUAUUUAUUAUCUUACUUUUUUAUUUAUAACUAAGUUAUUGUAAAAUCUAUUUAAUACAUUAUUGUACACAUUGUUUUGUUAUUUUUAUUGUUACAUUCAGCUGUGAUAACUAUCACACGCCAGUUGCUAAAAAAAUUGAGGUUGUAUAUAGACAAUAGGUAAGGUAUUUUUUUUUCAGCUUGAGAAAUUUAUUAAGACUUAAUUUUACAAUGAAAUGCAUACAUUAAUAUUAUGGAAGACAAGGAUCCUUUACUUAGGGUUUAUUUGUCAACAUUGGCACAGCGUAUAAGGAACGGGAUUCUAUUUUAUAUUUAAAAACUAUGCAUAAGAUUUUAUCUAAUAUUUGUGCUAAUUUGAGAGCACUCAAGAAGCAUAAGGACCUGUGACAUAAAUGUUAUAUUCUUUUGUUCAAACAAAAUUUCCAAAAAAGAAAAUGUUAAGUACAAUGCAUUCAUGGUUAUUGUAUUUAAUUACAAUACGUGUCGAAUUUCAUUUUAUAAAUCAUAUAAGGGCCCUUAUGCACCUAAGACGCGGCAUAAACUUGAAGUCUUGCACCUUUUGUGAAUAUGAAUUUAUGGAUAUGGAUGAUCUAAGUACUGUAAUUCCAUUAUAAAUGUGCGUUUCAAAUGCUUAACUAUGGGUCUGUUGUGGGUAGUUAUGGUAUGUAGUUUAGAUUAUUUAAAAGUCGUAUUAAUAAUGCUAAAUGUGUCUAUAUAGAAGUUUACUUACUCAGGUACACCCUUUAUGGUACAAUUUUGAAUGUCAUAAUAAUAUUGAUAUUACACAUAGCAACGAAUGGCAUAAACUUUCUUCUCAGAUACCGUAUGGCAUACUCAUAUAGCACACAUUCAAAAUUCAUAAUUUUGAAAGACAGAGUGAUGAUUAAGAUAUGAAAACAAAUAACAGAACUAUCAUCGUCAGAGUCUAGUCAAGGCAUAAAAACAAAAUAUAUCAUGUUUUAUGCCAAAUAAAUUUCGGAGCAUUAUAAUUAUACCAGAUAAAGGGUAUCCUAUUUACGCAUUAUUAGAAACUAUUCGCCCUUUAGAAGGUAAAAACACACAUUAUAUCAUUAAAUUCUGAUAUAUAUAAAUACACUCUCAAAACACUAACAGACAAAUCAUUCAACACACUUUGUUUUAUAUCCAUAUGAAUACUAUUCAAUGGUACUUACUAAGUAAUUCUUAAUAUUACAAAUAAAUGAAAAAUAUUGGUAGCAUAUCGAAAUGAGAGACCACAGUUAGCGAUAUUGUCAACUAUCAGUCAUUUUUAAAAGCUACAUAUGAAAUGAUCUAAGUACUGUAAUGUUUUUUUUUACUUCAAUUCUUAUUACUGUUCAAGAACAAUUAAACAUGCAAUUGAAAAUGGAAACGUUUUGGAAUGUCUAUUGUCCAUUAUUAUAAAUAUGCAAACUCUAUCAAUUUCAAACACAUUCUCUCAAAUGAAACAGUUAAAUUAAUCUCGACCACUCAAAAUAUAGACAUGGACUUUAGAAACUAUAGUAAAAUAUAAUUUAAUAUAGACGCUUUAUAAAUAAAACUCUUUAGAUAAUUCUUAUUUAUAAACUACUAACAAACAACAUUUGUUUUUGGCAGUAAGACUCGAAUUGUAGUAGUCAAUAUAAAUUACAUCUAAACGUUUCGUUAAAUAAGCAUUACAUUUUAAUUACUUUUCACAACUGUAAAUUGUGCCGUUACACUAAAACUCAAGUUCUGCGGAAAUUUAGCACCAACUUGGUUCCAAUAAAGAUUGUUUUUGCUUAAUUUACAUGAUAUUAAUAAUAUUUACGUGCGAUAUAUGAACGCUAAACAUAAAAUACUGAUACAAUUAGUAAAAUCUGUAUGACGUUAUCAUUUUAUUAACACUUGUAUAGAUAUUUUAUUUACUGAGACCAGUUAAAAUCUGCUUAAAGAUCGCAACCCUGUUCAUACAGAAUUUUUUUUAAGUAACAGGUCAGUUUCUGGACUUUUACUUUACCUUAUAUUGGGACUAUAACAGCCAGUUGUAGAAACGUCCAUUAAAUCUUUAAUUAGUUUAAAGUGACAUUAUCCAUAUAAUAUUGACAUUCAUUAGAGAUUAAAGACGUCAUUAAACCUUAAUGGACAUUUGUGCAACCGAACGUAAGUCGAUAAGUCGAUUUUCGAUAUUAACAUUUUAAGAGUUAAAUUGUGGGAUUUGACAUUUUACUAUUGCGAGUUUAACAAUAAAAGCUAAACGGGAUCGGAAGAAUUCAACAACGAUAAAUCAAAGUUAAGAAUCAACUAACAAUUUAAUCUAUAAUGUGAUGUUGAAACACUAAAGUAAAAAAUAUAUUACCUGUUUAAGUAUGGAUGUAUACAUCUCUGAAAUUACUUUGCUGAAAAGUGCAUAGGUGCAGGUGCUGAGCUUCGAAACGUAAUGAAGCCACGAAGACACGCAUGGGAGGGGCCCCAAAACCAAGGGGGGCAGGCCUCGAAGUCAGGAAGCGGGCCCCAGAGGUUAGUGAACACGAGUAUCGUCAUGCGGGUGAUAAACACCCGACGCGACGCCCGCUGUUGCUGAUUUUACUCUCAUCGUCUGGUGACAUAAUUAUUAUUGUUAUAAAGCAGCUUUUUUCUGUCAUGACCAGCGGCAAGCCUACCGCGAGACUAACACCGAUUUUUAUAUCGGAUGCAUGCAGUAUCAAAAUGUUUUCAAUAUUGUAUUGUAUACAUUGUGUAUGAUCAAUACAUCAGGUUGAAUCAAAUGCACUCAGCUUUCAAUACUGUAUUGUAUACAGUGUUCACAUACAAUACGUUGGAUUGAAUCAAAACGAAAUCAACGUUCAC